AUGGCGCGUCGCCUUUCUCCCUGGGGAUUGUCGCUGUUCCUGCUUGCGCUUCUCGCGGUGGUUCUUCCGGAGCUGUGCGCCGCGGACGAUGAUGGCAGCUCUCGCCAGUACGAUGGGAAAACCGGCGCGAAGAAGCUUAUAGCGGAGAUGAAGAAGAAAGGCUACAACACUGCGCUGUCGCUUUUCGAAUCGACAGGUAUCGUAAAGGAGCUCCCUGCAGAAAUGAGUUACCACCGCCUCACCGUCCUCGCGCCAACAGACGACGCCUUUGCCAAGCUCCCUGCUCGAAUCGCCAAGGAGCUUCCAGAAGCUAUGAGCUACUACCGCCUCACCGUCCUCGCGCCCACCGACGAGGCCCCCUUUGCCAAGCUCCCCGCUCGAAUCGCCAAGGAGCUUCCAGAGGCGAUGAGUUACUACCGUCUCAUCUCACCGUCCUCGCGCCCACAGAAGACGCCUUUGCAUGAGCCCUUCUUCCAUACCCUACUCUCCCGCCCCCGUCUAUUGCCUCCAGGAAUCGCCAAGGAGCUUCCAGAGGCGAUGAGUUACUACCGGAUCGCCAAGGAGCUUCCAGAAGCAAUGAGCUACUACCGCCUCACCGUUCUCGCGCCCACAGACGAGGCAUUUGCGAAGCUUUCUUCGAGCGUGACCAAGAGGCUGAGCAAGGCGGCGAUGCGGGACAUCGCGAUGCUUCAUAUUGUGAAGGGGAGGAAGGAUGCCGCUAUGCUCGUUCGCAUGCAGAGGGAACACGAGUGGCGAACCCCAUCCAAGAACGGAGAAGCAGGGCUCUUCAAGGCCACAGAAACGAAAGUCAAGCCAGUCAAGCUGCACGCGGAGGGCGGCAAAAACGUGACUAUAACGAAGCCUGACUCGGUGCUGCUGAUGAUCUCCGCCGUCCACGGCAUCGACAAGGUGAUCAUUCCGGGCAGCAAGCUGACUGGGGCAAAAAAGAAGCUGUCGCUAAAGGAAUCUUUGGAUCUCACCAAUGGAGAGGAGGACAUGGAUUAUGACAAUUAA